GCUAACAUGCCAUCCUACGUUCCAUCGGCAGGGAGUUCCUCGUCUUACACAUUAACGAACAACACCCCGGCUGAAAACAAUGAAUUCGUUGAACUCGACGAAAAGACACCAGCGGAGCAGAUCGACGCUCUCAAUGAGAUGCUCGUUGUUCAGAAUCGUAUAAAGGAGGGCGCGCAAAAUCUUCUGAACAUGCGCGACUUGGCAGAUGGACUAAGAGAGCAAGUUAUGUCUGAACUCGAUAUGGCCGAAAACAAGAUUCAGUCUAUCGAGCGGCGCAUAGAUCAGCAGUCUAAACCCAAGGUCGCACCGGUUUCCGGCUCAACACGUAGGAGGUUUCUAGCCGGCCAAACAAAUAGGCCCUCAAAAGACGAUUCCGACGACCGUAGUGGAGAAGAUCUGCGUAAUGCGGCUUCAGGCUGUGUUAAAACUCUAGCUGCCUUGGCUCGGGGAGGACCGACUUCGCCCGGGGCGAAUGGAAGUUCAGCUACAAACGGCGCAGAAAUAGACCGCCAAAGGAUCGAGUUGAUGACUCGUCUAGUGUCCAUUCUCCAAAGACACCAUAGGAUACCUUACGAAUGGAAUCUUUCUGAAGUAAUGCAGGGAGUGAUGCCCGCUCUCUCCGACAGAGCCUCAGAAAAGUGCCGUGCAGCUGCGUAUCGCCUUAUCCGGCACGCACUUGUGGACGUUAAUCUGGUUAAACGUAUCGGGGAACAGACAUUCGACUGGUACAUCAUCAAAUCUUUGACUCGCGACAGCAAACAUGCCUUGGAACGAGAGCAGGCCAUCAAACUCAUUCGCACCAUUGUGGAGGUCGGAACUGUACGCGAUGAGUCUCAGAGCGCUGGGCCAGGUCUUGUUCCACUUUCUGCUGCUGUGAUGCGAGCGCUUGUGGCGGUUGCCGAACACGCCGAAGACCCGUUUCGCCUUAUAUGCAUUCAAACCCUGGCCGAAAUCUUGGUCAUCGACACCAAUCUCGUGGCUCGGACUGGCGGGAUGCGUUUUCUUCUUCAUGCAUUAGGCGAAGGUCCGCUCGAAAUUGCUCCAAUUUUGGCUUCGGCAUUUCUCCAUAUCAUUGACUCCCCUCGGACGCGAGCCUAUCUCCAAGUGGGAGCUGAUCUUGAGAUGGCUUUUUCUGCCGUUACAGACGCGUAUGGUAAAGGUCCAGAUCACGAAGAUCGAAUGCGGGGCUGCACUAAAAUUAUUCAACUUAUGUUACGGUCAUGGAGCGGUCUUAUGUACUUCUGUAUGGACAACAUGCGAGCAAUCCGGUCGCUAGUCGACACGCUGAGAAUACCAUCCUUGGACACUCGAGAAAUCAUUCUCGAUAUGUUCUUUGAUCUCCUCAACAUCAAGACUCCAGACUGGUACCAGACGUUUCUUGAUGGGCGUAGACUUACCAUGUAUCGCAAAACCCGUGGCCCCGGAGACAUUCGUGACCGACGGACACAGUUGGAGCCGUCGGAGCGCCCUCAGCAAACUUUGAAGCUUACAGACCAAUACAUAGCCCUCUUGGUUCUGGUCUUCACGAAUGCCGGAAUACUCGAUGCAUUAACUGGUAUGAUGCAGGAAUCGACAUCGGGAAGCACUCUCUCCCGCAAGGCGACGCUUUUGAUGGCGGAGAUACUUCAGAUGGCAAACAGGGUCCUUCCAUUAUCAUUAGCGGCGCAGAUCCAGAGUAUUCCUCGCAUAUUUUCCAUGGCGUCUGACUACGGUCACGAUGAAAAUCGGAUAGUUGGCACAACAGCAUUGUCUGCAAUAGACUCUUUCAAUCGCAAUCAGGCAAGAUUAGAACCUGGAACCGUAAAAGGAUCGCGACCGAGAGCUAACUCGGGGGAAGACGCUAUCCGUCGUGGCCAGCGACAGAUGGAACAAGUCAAACUUAAACUAAGCAUGCAGAUGGACGAUAAGAGCUUCCAGACAUCGUUGCUCGAAACACAGGUUAUGCUCACGAAGGAUCAUACGGUUUGGAAGUUUGAACUGCUGCAAGAGCUUAUUGAGGGCCCACUGUUGAAUCCAAAGCGACUAGAGGAGGCCAUAAAAGUUUCACGGUUCAUCCGGAGAUUGUUGGCAUUCUUCCAUCCUUUUGGGAGCGGGACGAGAUUUUGUGACUUGCCCAGAACCAAGGUCAACCAACGUUGGGUGCGCCUGGGUUGUUCUCUAAUGACUACCCUUACAUCGAGUCCCGAUGGAGUGAGGUAUCUAUCGACGGAGGACUUGUUCCUUAGUCAGAUCAAGAAGAGUUUUGCGCAGCUUGAUCCGCAUAACGCAGUCCCCGAGUCGGAGUUUAUCCUUUCGAAAAGACGCGUGUCUGGCUUUCUUACCUAUGGAUACUUCGUCAUGUUAGGAACAUUAAGCAAAACGAAAGAGGGGAUCGAACUCCUGCAGAAAUUCGCGAUAUUCACAGCAUUUUAUCAUAUCUGUGAACUCAAAGAACGCGAAGACCUGGUCAAGAAUAUUGUUGAGAACCUGGACUACACGAUCGAUGGCCAUUCUCGAAUUAUUCUCUCCAAAACCCUCACUUCUGUUUAUCCUCAUAUCCGUCAAUACGCCACUCGCCAUCUAGGGGGUCUCAUUCGUUCCUCUCCUGCUAACGCAUGGACGCUGAGAUUGCUACUCACACAACUCUAUGACCCUGACUCUGAAGUGUGUGAACUCGCUGUGGCGUAUCUUCGAGAUGUUUGCGAGUCCAAAGACAUCCUUCAACUAGUGGUUGAGAUGCAGCCGACCUUGGAUCACCUAGGAGAAAUAGGACAUCCUCUCCUGCUCAAGUUUGUUUCUACACCAGUUGGCUUUCGAUAUUUGUACGACGUCGGCUACAUCAGUCGAGAGAUGGAUACCUGGUUCCACGAGCGAAAUAUAUACUACGUUGUCCAGGUCGAAGUGUUCUUGGCCAAAGUGUUCACUAGUUCAGGUUCUGCUCUUGAACACGACGAUGCUUUUGAAGGCACUGUCCCACCUCAUUUUUAUGGUGAAAUGUCUAAAACCGAUCUCGGGUGUCAAGUCUUGCACGAGAAAGGACACUUCGCGGAGUUCGCGGAAUUUAUUCGUCUGCAUAGCAACGAAAGCGAAGACGGUGAGAUGAUUCUCAAACUGAAGAGUAUACUUUGGGCCGUGGGCAAUAUCGGUGCCACCGAAGGCGGUCUGCCGUUCCUGGAAGAGGAGGAGAUAAUCCCAACCUUAUUAGAUAUUGCGCAGAAUUCGCCUAUUCCGUCUGUUCGAGGCACCUGCUUCUACGUCCUCGGCCUCAUAUCCUCAACUUCCCAGGGAACUGAGAUACUCGAUGAUUAUGGCUGGGAGGCAACUCUCUCUCCCCUAGGAGCCCCGACUGGGUUGUGCAUUCCGGUUGACUUGGACAUGUUCAUCUCUCUACCACCUUGGACGCAAACAGCUAUCGACAAGGCCGAGUCAAGGCUGAUUCCUCCAACGUCACAAACCGAACUCGACGUCAUCACUGCGAUCCACAAUUUGGCGAACACUGUCAUCGCUAACGCAGCUUCUCGUUCUCUUGCGAGGAUGAAGUCUCGGGCCGAAUUCAAAUCUAUAUUCGCAUCCCCAGUCAUGUUUUUCCGCGCACUCCACACAGUUUCUACACAGCGUUAUCGGCUCCCUGUUCGACGAUACAUCAUGGAUCUCUUCAACUCCAUUGAACUUGAUGAAGAUGUUGUACGCGCGCUCUCAGAAGCUUCCAAAGUCCUCAAAGCCCAUCCCUCGUUCAAGCCCGCCAAAGAAACUAACCGGGCAAGCAUGUUUGGUCCGCUAGGGAGGCCACGAAGGUCUUCUGAGAGUGAAGACGAAGAAGCUGAGCUACUCGAUGCAGACGAGGGACCGACAAAGCCGCCUGGGGAUGAACAGCCAGCAAUUAGUUUGCAACCUGUUGUCAGAACAAUCGGGUUCGAUGUUUAG